GACGAGAAGAGCAUUUCGGAAGGUGCCAAAAUAUUCUUCUUGCUUACCGGGUUUUACUACUCUUUAAGGGCUUACUACGGAUCCGAUGCCAUAUGCAAUGCAGACGAGAUCGGAAUUUGGCAUGGGUCGGCCAACGAUUCCGUCUGGUGGUCUUCCGGUCGUGAACCAGAAGGCGAUUCUAGCCCUGCGUGUGUAGGGAUCCCGCCAUGCAGCCAUAUAGAAGCCGCGUUGCCCAUCGAUCGCUGCAUCCUGACACUUGAAUGUCCAUCUUCUCUCCCCCCCCGGCUCAGUAUUCCGUACGCGUGGGAAGAAUACGCUCACAGAUAACCAUGGCCGCCAUCUCUAAAGUUGAGUCGCAUACUUCUGGGGCUCGCGAUGUUGAGAAAGAUGUUGUCCGAGCUCAACCCGCGACUGAAUUCCCGGAAGACUCUAAGACGGACUUAGACGACGACUCGACACAUGUACAGGAAGGUGUUAAACGGGUGGAAGCUAUCACCGCCGUCUGGUCUCGGAAAUCCUUGUGGUCUACCUUCGCCCUUCUUUGGCUUGUGUGCUUCGUAUCCUCGCUAUUGGCAUCUAUCGACACUGCUUUGUCGCCAUAUGUCACAUCAUCUUUCUCCAGGCAUGGCCUCCUCGCGGUUAUUAACAUCGCGGCAAGGGUCAUCGGCGGUGUUGUGACACUCAGUAUCGGUAAACUGAUAGAUAUCAGGGGUCGUAUGGAAGGUUUCGUCGGCUCACUCUUCCUAAUUACCAUCGGAAUGAUCAUGAAAGCGACCUGUCAAAAUGUCGAGACAUACGCUGCAGCUCAGGUGUUCACCUGGGUCGGCAAGGUCGCCCUCGGUUUUAUAAUCAGCGUCUUCGUCGCCGACAUUACCACCCUCAAGAACCGAAUGAUAAUAUUUGCCAUUAAUUCGACACCCAACAUAGCCACUACCUUUGCUGGUCCUAAGAUUGCCGAACUGUUCUACACGAGGGUCAAUUUUAGGUGGGCAUUUGGUGCCUUCACCAUCAUUCUGAUCGUCGUAUCUUUGCCAGUUGUGUUUAUCCUCUACUACCAUGAAAUGAAAGCUAAAAAGCUCGGAGUUCUUCGUCCGAAAUCAGGUCGUACACGGUGGCAGUCGACGGUACAUUAUAUUAUCGAGUUUGAUGUCGUUGGUGCGAUCCUCAUAUCAGGGGGCUUUACACUCAUCACCCUCCCAUUUAGUCUUGUGAGCUCGGCUUCCCACUCAUGGCAAAGCGCCAGUAUAAUCGUCAUGAUCGUGAUGGGUGUUGUCGGUCUCGUUGCUUUCGUAGCGUGGGAAAGAUACUUUGCUCGAGUCAAAUUCUUCCCAUUUGAAUUUUUGAAAGACCGGACCUUCCUCGGUGCUGUACUUUCCCACUUUGUCGUCUUUAUGACAACUUUCAUAUGGGACGCAUAUUACAGCUCUUACCUACAGGUUGUUCAAGCCUUGAGCAUCAGUAUCGCAAACUACGUGCUCAACGCCUAUUCCCUCACUUCCUACUUUACCGGUCCAUUUAUUGCCUUAUAUAUCCGUUAUACUGGUCACGUCAAAUACCCGGCUUUAAUCGCCGUCCCUAUCUACCUACUCGGCACAGCACUUCUUAUUUAUUUCAGAGUACCCGGCGCAAAUGUUGGUUAUCUUACUAUGUGCCAAGUACUUGUUGGUUUCGGUGCCGGUAUGAUUAACCAGAUGGCACAACUCGCUACGAUGGCAUGCGUUAGACAUCAAGAUGUCGCCGUUGCCCUUGCUAUUUAUGGCCUAUUCGGCUCCGUCGGCUCUUCUGUUGGCUACGCAGUCGCAGGUGGUAUAUGGACGAACAUCCUUCCCGUUAAGCUGUACGAAUUCCUCCCCGACGAUGCUAAGAACAUGACGGCUACGAUAUACGGAGAUAUCAAUCAGCAAAUGAAGUAUCCGAUCGGAAAUCCAAUUCGAGACGCUGUGAUCGCGGCAUAUGGGGAUGUUAUGAGGAAAAUGGUUAUCGUUGGAUCUGCACUUAUUCCUCUAACAAUAAUCUGCGUCGCCGUUUGGAGAAACAUAAAUGUCAAGAAACUUGAAGCCAUGGAGAAGCGAGCCAGGGGCAAUGUGUUCUAGAGCGAGAUGGUACUAUAUCUCCAUUAAGGGGCUCACUACCUAUCGUCUUCAAUCCAUUCCCUCUAAAACUGCACUUAGGCAGAGUAUAGGUAGAAAGCUGGGGCUUGAUACAACGCCUCUAGAAUGUUUAUCACAGAAGAUAGAGUUCCUUGAUGAGAAGAACAACCAUCAAAGCUGUACCUAACUAGGUAGCCAUAUUGAGUAGUUACAAACACCCUCCCAC